UUUACCACCAUCAGCGCCCCCGGUGGCCAGUUCAGCACUUUCUAUAAACUUCCUCGCUCACGCUCUCUCAUGCGCUUUCUUCGUGAAUGCUUACAUUAGAAUAACCAUCUUUGUUGUUAGAACUUAAAAGUCCCACCUGGCUGACCCUUGAACUUGUGGGGUUUAUUUAAAAAACAGAAAGAAAAAAACUUAAAACCCUUGUGGAAAGCCUUUAAGACCUGGGCACUUUUGGACUGCGUCAUACACAGGAUGAUGGUGAACUUGCUGCCUUCUUCACCAGAGGAACCCCACACUCUUCUUUUCUAGCUCUUGACUGACAGCUGCUGUGAGCUGAAACCAUGGCGACAGCGAAGGAGGCGGAGCUGUUAGAAUGUCGGCUGAGCGUGGAGGAUUUGAAAAAGCUGCAGCGUCUGUUUCUGCAAACUGAUGGCUCAAGCGUGGCACUGUCCAUGAGGCGGGCGGAGUUCAUUGAGCAGGCCUGGGCUGCAGUCGGCCACGGCUCAAGGGAGGAGUACGGAGAUUUGUUUGACAGCGUAGAUGUGUCACGGGAGGGAUGGGUGGACUGGGAGCACCUGGCCUCCUUCCUCCUCCUCGGACUCUUCGAGAAGGAGGAGCAUGCUCGCACCGCCGCCGUGCCGCGCUGGAGGCCUGCCCGCACAUUGCCUGCCACCCACGGUGGGCCUGUCCAGAGUGUGGCGCAUCUGGGCACAAGUGGGCGCUACCUCAGUGCCAGUAAGGAGGGCACCCUGGCCGUGUGGUCUGAGGACCUGACCCUGCUUAAGACCCACCGCCUGGCCAAUGAUUCAGUCAUGCCCAAAGACUUAUGGGUGACGGGGAUGGUGCUGCUGGCCAACGUGAACAAGAUAGCAGUCUCCUUCACCUGUAAGGAGGUCUGUUUCUAUGACCUGCUCUCCAAGCAGGAAUUCAGCUGCCAGUAUAAAGUCCACAGCCUGUGCAACACUCCCAUCAGCCUGCACUACUGGCACCACCCCCAGAGGCCAGAGCAGGCUGUAUUGAGCAUCGGGGACGUGGCUGGCCAGGUGAGUGGGCUUUGUUUCAGAUCAGCACUGAUUUCUCUCUUUGAAAGACCUAGCAUGAGUGUGGAGCAUGACUCUGUCGUCAGCAUCAGCUGGGCGGAGCUACAGCAGGGCCGUCAUCGCUGCUGUUACACGGUGACACACACGGCCCACGGAGCGCACUGGGUCCGCACAGUGCGCUUCCUAGGACCUCUGGAAGCUUUUGCCUCCUGCAGCAGCGCCUCCCAGAGCAGCCUGGUGCUGGCUUGGAAAGAGGUGUCCACCGGACCCCUUCGGGUCACCUCCUUCCACACGGAAAAGGGCCUAGCCGAUCUCGACUACCAUCCCGGCCUCAACCUUAUCGCAACGGCAGGCUUGAAUAACCAGGUGUGCCUGUGGAACCCCUACGUCGUCUCCAAGCCCGUGGGCGUCCUCCGGGGUCAUGUGACCAGUGUGGUGGCAGUGCAGUUUAUGUUGGCAAAGAAACAGCUGAUCAGCUUUUCCAAAGACAAGGUGCUGAGAGUGUGGGACGUGGCCAGUCAGCUGUGUCUCCAGCGUCUUGCGGGGAUUUUCCCCAAGACACCGGAGUGUAAGAUGCUUGUCUUCUUCCACGAAGAGCGGUCGCGCCUCCUCCUCUCUUUCAACAGCGUUGUGCUGCUCCUGCAGGCACAGGAAGAUACGGGGAGAAGGGUGGCGAGCCACGACAGCUCCGUCACCUGUGUCCUCUACAAUUCCCUCUUUAGACAGGUCAUCAGCAGCGACUCCAGCUCAGGUGUGACUUGUUGGCUCAUGGACACAGGUCAGAAGGUCAAGCACUUUCCCCGUUGCCACGGUGAUGCAGAAAUUACGACCAUGGCACUGGAUGAGACGCAGACGCGGCUGUUCACUGCUGGCACGGAUGGUGCGGUAAAGGUAUGGGAUUUUAAUGGACAUUGUCAUCACAGACUCAACGCAGGCCGAGGGGUUGCCGUGGAGAUCUCUCAAAUACUAGUUCUGAGGAGAACAGUAUUGGUGUUUGGCUGGGAGAGGAUGGUCACAGUGUUCAGGCUCAACAUGUUCUCAAAGUACUUUGUUGAGCCGUCAGAGUGGAAGGGCGCGGUUCAUCACUGCAAUGACAUCCUGUGCGCUGCGUUCCGACCGCCUCAGACCUUGGUUACAGGGGGCAGCGAUGGAGAGAUCAUAGCGUGGAACAACAGUACUGAAAAUGCCCUGCGCAAACUGAGUUUGGGAAAGCAACAGCAUCUGCUCAAGUUCAGCUCAGAUAGUGCCUUUUGUAAAACCAGUGCUGUACAACCAUCCACAAACUCUAGUGCCCCCGGUGGUGAGGAGGACCCUGAGAGUGUUACCAGAUUGGUUUUUCUGGAAGGCCGAAAAGGAGCAGCUGCGUCAGUAGGUGGUGCUGACCUCGUGUCAUGUGGCGGCUCGGGCAUGGUCCGGUUCUGGAACACUGCCAACAGCUGUGUUGUGGGGGAGUUUGUGGCCCACAAAGACUCAGGGUCCAUCAUUCUGACAGUGGACAGCAGGGGGCGCUACCUGGUCACAGCAGACAUGGAUGGCUGGCUGAAAGUGUGGGAUAUACAGGAAUACUGCAUCCACCCUGCAGAGAGUGUAACCAAUCAGAUGCCAAUGUUGCUGUCCAGCCUCCGCGCCCAUAUCGACUGUGUCACUCACCUUGAGACAUGUGUCCAUGGUGAGCAGCUCUUCCUCCUCAGUGCGUCUGCAGACUCCAGCCUGGUGAUCAGCUACCUGCCUGGACCCACCAUAGGCAUCUUUGGCCAGGAGGUGCACUGGCGCCUGGGUGAAGUCGGCAGAGCCACCUUAAAGGAAGAGAGGGAGGCGAACCCAGAGUCUAGCCAGGAGACAACAGCUCCCGCAGUUGUCCGGGAGACUGCCCCUGAGCAGGUCCACCCAGAUCCUGACAGCGCAGUGGCUGCAGUGUGCUCGGAGGCUGAGGAGAAUGAUGGGCAGGCUGACAUGCUGCAACUCAGUAUCCUUGAUGACAGAUUUGCUGUGCAGGGGCGGAGCUUUAAGAAGGGGCAUGGCAUAUGGCAGAGUGACAUCAGACAGCACCUAUAUGUGAAUGGUGCUCACAGCACCGAUAUUGGCACAUUCAGAGAGCUCAGGAUCGAAGAGCUGGACCCAGUGGAUGAACUGACCAAGCCUGACUUCGUCAUUAAUCCUCAUUUAUACUUUGAAAAGAUGUGGGAAUCCUUCACCCCAACUCCACCCCCACCUGCAGUAACCAGAGAGACUUGUUUGAAAGCAGCAUUCGAUGAAAGGAGUCUGUUUCCUAAAGACGUACUGGAGCAGGUGGACAGGCCUCCUGGGCUUCGGCGCUACACCCAGAAAGUCACUGUGAUGAGAAAUGACGCAAGAGCCAUACACCGGAAUGUGGGGUGUGUGUGUGUGUGUGUGUUCUUUUCCCCUCCCAUUUUUUUCUUUACUCAGUCAUAACGACUGGGAGAACAUUCUUGUUCUGUCAACGCUGCCGGGCCUUCUGGGUAAUAUCUUUUUCAUUUCAUUGGAUGCUGGUUGUAACUCGGGGCAGGUAAUUUCGGAGUUAUAAAAGACCAAGUAAACAACAGGCUUCAGGUCAGCUCCAUUUCGAUUCAUUCUAUUUGGAAGCUUUGGCUCUUCGUGAGGUGGGAUUUCUGCUUAGGAAUGCAUGAGAUGAAUUUGCUUUCUGAACUGGCAGAAUUGUAAUGGCAUUGACCCCAACCCCAGUAAGCAAACUGUUAAAUGGUCAAAUACAAGAUCGUUGCCCCUCCAUGGAGGCAGCGUCCUCGGGCUUCUCAGUGAGUGUAACAAUAUAACCGAAUAGGACACUCGGUCUGAUGUCACUGCAGGCUAAAUCAGUUGUUUUGUGUGAACCAAAGCCCCUCUUUCACAUCAAUUUAACACUAUUCGGUAGCACUCCAAGGCUGAAUAUGUUGUUAUCAAGGUCACAAGGUCAUGUACAUGAUCAUAAGCCUUUUUAGCAUAAUUGUGCAGUAUGCAGGAUUUAGGAAACAGCGACAGGUAAUGGCUGGUCAUGAGUGGUAACUGCGUGACCUUACUGAACUUGCUCACCCUGAUCAGUCUAUCCUAUUAUUUUCUCUCACAGUAAACCCAAAGCCAGCACCUCUGGAGGAUUCAAAGCCAAAUGAAGCUUUCAAAUGAAAAUGUACAAAUAUUUUAUCAUUAUUAUAAUUAUUGG